AUGAGCAGCGCGUGGCCGCUUCCGGAGGAGCGGAAGAGCGGCCUCCUGCGUGCCUGCCUCAGCAGCGUCCUCCGCCUCCCUCGCCACGAGGACGCGAAGGACCUGGACGCUGCGCUCUACACGGAGACCAUGGAAGCCCUGCACCGCCUGCUGCAGGGGCUGGUGGGCAGCGCAGGCACCUCUGUCCUCAUGGAGCUGCAGAACAUCUUGGAGCUCCUGCUGCCCUUCACCACGUGCCAGCUGGCAGCCGUGGAGGAGAGGGCCGUGGCGUGCAUUGGCAGGCUGCUCGCCUUCAGCAACACCUGCUCCUUGCCCAAGGUGUGCUCCUGCUUCAUGGGAGCUGUGGUGCUCCGGCAUCACUGCACAGAGAACCAACGCUUCCCUGUGCUGGGGAAGCUGGCUGAACACCUCAUCCAUGGAGCUGCAGCACAGGAUGAGGGGACCAGAGAUGAGGCGAUGAAGGCUAUCCGUCAGCUUUUCAUUUUCAUCACCUCCCAGAGAAUGUGGCUGUGGCAGAAGGAUCCCAAGAACUCACAACUUUGGGAGUGCCAGCAAAUUUUGCUCUACCAGGAGAUUUCCCAAGAGAACCGAGCCAGAAAUAUCUUUGAGAUGUUCCUGAAAUACCUUCAGUACCCUGAAAGGGUGAGCAUCUUCCUCACAGCCAUUGAGAGCAUGACAGCGCCGAGCCUCCACAGCACCGAGCUGGCUGCCCACAUGGUGGACGUGCUCGCAGCAGAGGCUCGCUUCCCUCCAGGGCAGGUGCGAAAGAUUGUGAAGACGAUCUACGGCAGCCUGCCUUCCAUCGAAGCUGAGCCGGCUCUCGAAAGCCUGGGCAGGGCCCUGCUCGUGCUGGCCGGCAAACACCCGAGGGAGAUGGUUAGCAGCCUGCUGGGCUGCUCCCCCACCUGCACCAGUGUCACCGUCACCAUGUGGAGGGAAAUGCUCUCGGAGCCCUCAGCUGUGGAGAAGGUGCUGCAGGAGCUGCUCCAAGUGCUCACAAACCAUUCUCUGCGACACACAUCCCCAUCCAUCGAGGACUGGCCACGUGUCCUCGCCCUAGCUGCAGCGAGGACCAUCCCUGAGAUACUCCAGCUGCCUCUUGUCAUGAAGGAGGCCGAGGCCAUUUUCCCCCAGCUCUUCCUGGCCCUCCUCCUGCAAGUGUCCUUCACCACAGAGCUGACACUGCAGGAGGUGGAGAUCUUCUGGGAGGAGCACCGGCAGCACCAGCUCACUCCCAUCAGGUCCGCGGUGCAGGCCUUGAAGGUGCUGCUCUGCAGCGUGGGCCUCCAGAGGCAGAUGGAGGCCAUCCAGGAGCAGGGGGGCUGGGACGCGCUUCUCAGCACCGUCACCCACCUCCAGGGCGUGCAGGUGGUGGCCAGGGUGAUGAGGGAACUGCCUGGUGCUCUGCGUGACCCCAUCUUCCAUCAGCUGGUUGAGCUGCUUAGCACCAAGCUGUGCUCCUGGGAGAUGGUGGCCAUGGUCUUCCUCGUUGAGAUGCUGGAGGGCGUGGACCCCAGUGAAGAGCUGCACCGCGUCGUGAGCCUCUUCAACACCUGUCUGCAGAGCCAGAGUGUGGGCACGCAGCAGCUGGUGCUCAGGAGCAUCCUGGAGCUCAGCAAGAGGCCGGACGCGGCGAGGAAAAUGCUCGGCCUGCUGCCGUGCAUCAUGGAGCAGCUGCAGGAUGCAGACAGCGGCGCCCGCGCCGUGGCCCUGCCAGUGCUCAGCACUCUGCUGCGGCUCCUGGAGAGGGGGAAGCUCAGCCUCGUGGCUCUGGAGCUGGCCGGCAAUCUCCCAGUGCUUUUUGAGGACGAGUCCGGCACGGUGCGCCAGCUCUCCAUGCACCUCUUCCUCGACACGCUGAGCUUUGUGGAGGGCAGAGAGAAGAGGAAGAUGCGGAAGGAGGUGUACAGGAGCCUGGUCCCGCUGUAUCUGCACCUGCACGACGAGGAAGAGAGCGUGGCCAAGGCCUCCCAGAAAGCCUUCCUUGGUGCCACACGGUUCCUGCGCUGGAGGCGGCUGCAGCGGCUGGCAGAGGUGGCGCAGUUCUGGCAGAUCGGCGAGUGCCUGCUGGUGGAGAGGAGGAAGAGCGCAGCGCAGGACUACCUGGGCCAGAGCCUGCUCUACCUACAGAGCCCGCAGGAGCCCCUGCGGCGGGAGGCCGUGAGGUUCAUCGGACUCUUAGGGCAGCACAAGAGGGAUCAGCAGCAGGCUGAGAGAGAGAACAUCUACCAGGGCCUUCACAAUGUGCUGCGAGACCCCAGUGGAUCCAUAUCUUUGCAGUCCCUUCAGACGGCAUGGAUCCUGAGAGAGACAGGGCCACCACCACCGUCAGGCUUCGGCUUUUGGCAGCUUUUCUCCAGGCUCCACAGUGUGUGGCACUGGUGGCGCUCCUCACAGGCAGACAGCUGAGCGCCCUGGAAAUUUCCUGGCAUCUCCUCCUGCCCUCUGCUCAGCCCUGCUCCUUACGCAUCUCCUGCUCAGCUCUGCUCCUCGUGCAUCUCCUCCCAUCUGCUGCUCAGCUCUGCUCCUUGUGCAUCUUCUCCUGCGCUGGCUCAGUACGUGAGCCUGAAGCUCAGGGUUGUGCAAAUCAGGCUUUGACCGUUAAAAACAGAGAUGGAGGUUUAGGCAAU